GGAGAGAGACAGGUGUUCACCAUUGCCGCCCUGAGCCGUAAUGGCACCAUCCCUCGCCCUCGCCGGCCUCCCAUUGUGUGCUUCUAUUGUGCAACCACACAGGGGACACUCAUUCAGAUGUUUGUGUGUGCGCGCGCACGCUUUGACUACGCGUGCCUUGGGGAAACGGGUUGUCACAGGCGUCCGACUCCUCCCGCCGUUGUCUCGGCGCCUCCCUGUGAUUGGUGGAAACGCAGCCGCUCACGGUUAACAUUGUUCCUCCAUCUGUUCUGCUUCUCACUGUCCAACGUGCUUCUGUAGGGGAACACGGAUCUAUCUGCAAAUUCUUCUUUACUUUCACCUGCAGGCUUCUGUUUAACAUGUGGAAACUGGGUUGGUGUUUUUUUUUUUUUCUUCAUCACUGUUCGCUGAGUCACUGAUGAUUCUGACCUGUUUGCCAUGGGUGUCCCUGCCAGGGGCAUAAAGCUCCAGACAACUUAGCCGCUCGGGUCAUCGGGACCCGCAAACCCCUCCGGCCACGGCAUUGAUGACUCCCGGAUUGUGAGGUGGCUGCAAUCGACCGGAUGUCAGAGAGCGCUCCAUGGGACAGAAGAAUCAUGCGGAGGCAGGAGCUGGCCGCAUCCUCGACCUUGAACUUGAGUAUCUCCACGUAGCGGGGGCCGACCGGCAGGCUGGCGUCGCCGACGAGCCUUUUGCCAUGGACGAGCAGAGGGAGAGUGACACCGGCGCUACCGACACCCCUCUUGUUGCCGUGGCAGAGGAAGGCGCCAAAGAAGGCGAGCCGCCGGCAUCUCCCACUGCCGCACUUACCGCUGACCUCAACCCAAACAGAGGACAGAGCGGCUCGACUCCCGGCAAGAGCGGCCACCAGCCGCUCUGUCGAACCCAGUGCGUGGACUUGGGGACAGAAGGACCGCCCGAGUCGCCAGUCCAACCUUCCUCAGAGUGCCGACCCGUGUCUCAGGAAAAGGCCAAAUCUGAGCCGGCACCCGUCGACGAGCAAUAUCAGGCUAAACUGGGUUUUGCGCUCAAACUGGGCUAUUCUGAGGAGACGGUGCGGCUGGUCCUCUCCAAGUUGGGACCACGCACCUUGAUCAACGACAUAUUGGGAGAGUUGGUCAAACGGGGCUGUUCAGAUGGCGAGCAACCGCUCGCAUCAUCCGCCUCCACGUCAACGUCAUCGUCCUCUUGCUCCUCUUACGGUUCCUCCGAUUUGCCGGCAGCUUCAGGAAUGGACUCACCGUGCCCGUCGGACCAGACGUGCGACCAGGGAAACCUGCGCCCUGUCGUAGUGGAUGGCAGUAAUGUAGCCAUGAGCCACGGCAACAAGGAGGUGUUCUCCUGCCAGGGCAUUCAGCUGGCUGUCGAGUGGUUCUUAGAACGCGGCCACCAGGAUGUGACAGUUUUCGUUCCUGCGUGGAGGAAGGAGCAGUCUCGGCCGGACGCCCCGAUAACAGACCAAGAAAUCCUGCGGCGUCUGGAGAAGGAGAAGAUCCUCGUGUUCACGCCCUCACGCCGCGUGCAAGGUCGCCGCGUGGUCUGUUACGACGACCGCUUUAUUGUCAAGCUCGCUUACGAGUCGGACGGCAUCAUCGUGUCAAACGACAACUACAGAGACCUCGCGAAUGAGAAACCUGAGUGGAAGAAGUUCAUCGACGAGCGACUACUCAUGUACUCCUUUGUCAAUGACAAAUUCAUGCCACCAGACGACCCGCUCGGCCGACACGGUCCCAGCUUAGACAACUUCUUAAGGAAAAGACCGAUGAUGCCUGAGCAGAAAAAACAGCCUUGUCCUUACGGGAAGAAGUGCACUUACGGCCACAAAUGUAAGUACUACCACCCAGAGAGAGGCGCUCAGCCGCAACGUGCUGUGGCCGAUGAGCUGCGGGCCAGCGCCAAGACCUGUAUUUCCGCCAAGAACCAGGGCGACGCCGGACUGGUGAAGAGCCACAGCGUGCCGAGCGGAAGGAUGGAGGCAAAGAAAGGUGUGGCAAAACGCCAGUCCGACCCGGGCGUUCGAGCUCUUUCGUACGGCGACGCCGAGGAGAAACUGGCGGCAAAAGAGAGGACGGAAAGCCAGAGGGCCGCCGAUUGCAGCGGGACCGCAGCAGCUCCAGGAGGCCAUGGCCAGCUGACCCCUCAGGGUGUCCCUCCGGCCCCCUGUCAUGACCGCUACCCACACUGCGAGUCCCCAGACGUGAGCUACUACUCAGUGGCGCACGCCUACAGCAGCCUGCGCAUCUCAUCCAGGCAGAGCCCGGAUAGUCGCUUCCCGCACGACGCCGACCUCAGGCUGGGCUCCACCGGAUCGGCCGGCUCCGAAUGCGGCAGCGAAAGCAGCGCCGACUCGUACGGCGAUCGGCCGUGUCACGCUUGCCAGGACGCUUCGGUGGACGACGCCAGCCAAUACGGCAACCCGCACGGUCGCCCGCAGUUCCGGCAAGCGGCAGGAAGCCACGAACGGUGCAGCUUUCACGAUUACGCCAGUAAAAUGACCAACCCGGGAGCGCACGGCUACGACGCGUGCGCAGGACCGGGCCAAAGCUGGGAUCACAGUCAGGCUGCCAACACGGGUCCAAAGCCGCUUCUCUACCCGUUCCCCUUUCAUUUCCAGCACCAACCGCUCGCAACCCGUUCGAGCUGCCCGGCCGACUACCACACGGCUAAUACCCCUGCUUCUCCGACCGGCCGACACGUAGCUCCGACCAGAACCGAGAGCGCAUCCGAAUGUCAUCUUUACGAGCAUCAGUGCAUCUCCCAACAUCACCACCGCAUGAAAGCUUUGCCCACCUGGGAUAGUGGCCACUACAGGGAGCCGCCAGCUCUUCCUCUGUACGGGCCCGGUGGUGCCUAUCAGAGUCCGGCAUCGUGGCACUCGCCUCAGUGGGCACAAGAUGGCUACGCGCCACGCCACUUGCCUCAUCCCACUCUCCACUCACACUAUUUAAGUCACCCGCUUCCCCAAUCGCCUCUCCCACCUCACCUGGCCCCUUCCUCACACAUGUCGCCGUUCCCCGAGUCUCCUGAACACGGCCGCUUUGGGGACGCCAGGGAGAAAGCGUAUACCAACCUGUGCAACAUUUUUCCCCCUGAGCUGGUGAGUCGGGUGAUGGCCAGGAGCCCCCAUGUUACGGACCCCCAGCAACUGGCAGCUGCCAUCUUGGUGGAGAAAGCUCAGAUGGGCUACUGAAGCAUUGGCCGUCAAUCGCGUUAGGGAGUUACAUCAACAUUGCACAUCAAAAUUAAUCUGUGUGUGUGUGUGUCGAUGGGCCCUUUUUGUGUGCUGAUGACACAAGUGGAGUGAUCCUGUGGUGUGUACCUUAGUUUUAGUAAGGGAACUCUCUCUCAUACAUCUAGUACACCGAGCGCACAAACAUUUCUCUAGAUCUGCGUGGCCCUUUUUCUUGGCUUGACUGGAAUCGGCUACAGACAAAAUAUCGAGUGUGUAAAUAUAUUUAAGGAGUCAUCUGUAGCAGAUUUCCAGCGUAAUCCCCAAUGAGCCAUGUUUGAUACAAAUUGUAUCAGGUCGCCCAUGUGAUGCAGUAUGAUCACUUGUCGUCACACUCUUGAUGUAUGUAGUAAAUAUGUUCCAGCUACUAUUGUGGAAAAAUCCUGUGGCAGUUUGGGGCCUACUUUGUUUAGGUUUGUGAGCUGCUUUGGGGAGGUUUGGUUCAGGACUGCUUCUUUUUUUUUUUUGCAGCAUCUCUGUGUCAAAAUGAAAUGAGGAAAUCCAGCUUUGUGGAGCGAGCACAGUCUUUCUUGACCAAUGUGGAGGGUUGAGAUUUUUUAUUUUUUUUUGCAGCUGGUUGACCUGACCCGGGAUGCUGUUGAAUAGAAGCAAAUCCGAAAAUGUGUGUAACAAUGAAGCGCCUUCACUCGGGCCUGCUGGCACCGUGUGUCAGCGUGGCACCCGAGGGUGGGCCCAAAGUAAUGCCUCUUGGUGGCAUCGUGCUUACGACACAUCCGAUACUCUGAACUAUGUUCAGCUAACUGUUGUUUUUCCCGCGCCUUUUUGAUUCACCCAUGUGUUUUUGUGCCGACUUGAUUCAGCAACAUUCAAAGUGACUCCAACGACUCUGUCAGGAUUUUACGAUUGUAACUGUAGCUGGGAUUGAUCGUCUAAGAGUACCACCAUGAAAUAAAAUGGUCAGUGUUCUUA